AGUGCGAAGCUCCUUUACCAUGAUCGUCACGUUCCUCUUUCUUACAUAGUGCAAAGCCAUCACUGCCUAUUUAUUGCAAGUUCAUAGCGCGCUUUCAUUCCGCGGCGGCGACCACAUACAGGGCUCCGUCCGCCGCCGAAAUGACGACCUCCUCUCCUUACUGGGCCUACAGGCCGCUGCUUUACUGGGGAUGUGAGAUGCCGGUAACAUCGUCAUACUCUCGGGGCGACGUGACGGUGCUACCCUCUUCGAGCGGAACCUCGCGAAUAAUGCCCGUGCCAUCAUCUUCAGGUACCUCCACUCGAAGAUCAUUUUCCUCGACCUCUGGUGUCUCCUCAUCUGGCUCCUAUAACUAUCGAACGUUGGAACGACCCCUUUACCUAAGUUCAGUUAGCGCGACAGGAUCCUACCUAACCUCAAGAACGUCUAGAAUAUCCUCAAGUUUAAACGAAUACAAGCCCUCAUCGGAAUACAAGAGCUCCAUCCUCAACUCGUCCUCCAGUUCGUACCCAAACAACGGCAGUAGCAGCAGCAGUGGGUACAGGAGCCGUUACUCUGGCAUGUCAUCUACGACUAGCAGUGCGUCUGCGGCUAAUAGCUACUCAUCCCCAAGCUAUUCUCGGACCUCAUCCACCACCAAUGACACUGACAAUAGGGAGCGUGAAAAUGGCACCACUUCAUCCUGGAGGUCACGAGUCUACGCUGACACCAACACCAAUUCCUCCUCCUCCUCUGCAUCGAGUAAGCGACUGGACGGAGGCCAGCAGACAGCUUCCGCCUCUUCUCCCUCCUCGAGUGCUGGCAGGAUCCAGCGACCAACUCUUCAAGAGUCCAUUGAUGCUGUUGCAUCUAAACUGUCCGCGGUUAAAGACACUAGCUCUGGGGCAACAAGUAAAUACAAAAGCUCAUACCUGAAUGACGUUUCUGCAACCAGGCCUACUACUCUGAGAUCUCGAAAUACGCAGGAUCCCGACCUUGACGACAAAGACGAGGCCCGCCGACCCUCGGUCUUAGAGAUGAGGCGAUUAUUUGACCCUUUGUUGACCACGUCUGACUCUAAUCGGGCAUCAAAGGAGGCUGUGACCAGUUCGGUGUCCGCUUCGGCGCCAACGAGCAGUUCUAAAGCAGCAGCAGCAGCAGUGUCCGGCUCCUUCGCCAACAACACAGAGCAGCAGAAGCCAGUGCCGUCAAAGCAGGACUCGGACGAUGAAAGUUCGGAGAGUGAGGAGAGCGAAGAGUCGGAGGAGUCGAGUUCCGAGGAGGCCGCCGCGGCCGCCACUGCCACCGAGACCAAGGGCUCGACCGCCCGCAGGUCGCGGGCGAACACCAGCGCUGGCCUCCCUGCGGGCAGUGAGGAUGGCGCCGCCGCCGAUCACAAUGACGAGGGAUCAAGCUCUGGCCUGGAAGGAUCUCCCAGAUUAGGAAGAGGCAAGAAUGAGAGAGGAGGUCUCGUCGGUCUGCGGAACAUCGGGAACACUUGCUUCAUGAACUCCGUGCUACAAUGCCUGAGCAACACACGACCCUUGCUCGAGUACAUUCUAGCAGAGGGAUACCUUUCCGAAAUCAAUAACUCCUCUUCAUCCAUGAAGGGGGCGCUCAUCAAAGCAUUUGGCUCUUUGCUACAAGAGCUGUGGAAGGGCGACAGCGACGAGCGCGUGGUCAACACGAGCUCCUUCAAGAGCCAGGUGCAGCGGUUCGCGCCGCGAUUCAUGGGCUACGCCCAGCAGGACGCGCAGGAGUUCCUGCGCUACCUGCUCGAGGGCCUCCACGAGGACGUCAACCGGGUGACCACGCGGCCCAAACCCAUCCUGACCGAGAUCGACGACUCGCUGAGUGACUCGCAGAAAGCCAUGGAGGCGUGGAAGCGCUACCUGCGCAGGGACGACAGCAAGAUCGUCGACAUCUUCGUCGGGCAGCUCAAGUCGACGCUGCAGUGCACCGUGUGCGGACACUGCUCGGUCACGUUCGACCCCUUCUGGGACUUGUCUCUGCCCAUACCGCCAAGCGAGAGAUACGGUCAGGUGCGGCUGGCGCAGUGCUUCGACUUCUUCACCAAGGAGGAAGUCCUCGACGGCGAUGAGAAGCCGACUUGCUCUCGGUGCCAGACAAGACAGAAAUGCCUCAAGAGUUUUUCAAUCCACAAGUUCCCCAGAAUCCUUGUGCUCCACCUGAAGCGGUUCUCGCCAUUGGAGAGAUACCGUGGCAAGCUGAGCUGCACGGUGGACUUCCCCCUGCAGGGUCUGGACCUGAGCGCGUACGCCUCGGCCAGCAAGGGCAGCAGCCUCGGACAGUCGUGCGCGUACAACCUUUACGGAGUGGCCAACCACUCCGGCACCACCUACUCAGGCCACUAUGUGGCAGCUUGCAAACACCCUUACUCCUCAACCUGGCAUGAAUACAAUGAUUCAAGGGUUUCGAGCACGUCAGCGCGCAGUGUAGUCAGUUCAGAGGCCUACGUUCUUUUCUACGAGCUGGCCUCGUCAAACACAAACAACAGCUCGUCGCACCUCUGACCGUAGCAUCAAGCGAAAGGCCACCUUGUCCCUCCGACGCCCCCACCGACCCCUCGUCAGAAGCAGCCCCAACAGCAGCAGCAGCAACAGUUGUCCGCAGUCACCCUGAACCACUACCUGAGACAGUAUUUGAGGCGACUCGGCUCAGAGUCCACCUGCAUUUCAUCGUGAGAAAUGAAAAAAAAAGAAAAAAGAAAUAAAUCCGAGUGUGUAGCUCUGCUCUGACAGGACUGGACGCAGUUUGAGAGUAUUUUGAGAAUUAUUAUCAUUAUUAGCGUUUCGGAAAGAACACGUGAAUAACAGGAAUUGAUUCGGUUAAUCAGGCUAGCUUUGGAUGUGUAGCCGCAAAACACUCACUAACUCACCAAGAAGCAGAUUCACUCUUUGUCAGACCCAACAAAUAAAAUUGAAUGGUUUCAAAUUCAUGGAUUACUUUUGAAUCGACUUGUCGCUCUCUCGGGUGUCCAAAAUGAUGAAACAAUUUUUUUCUCGUGCCGCAGUCGGGCACACGGGUUCCCAGCUGGCCCUAGUUACUAUUUAGUCAUUAAUGAAAUACGUGAAGUGGCUGACUUGUGAUUGCACGCGGAAUGUGAGUCAAGUGAAACAUGCUUGCUAACCUUAUUCCUGUUUUUUUUUUUUUUUGUAUUUUGUAUUCUGGAAUGAGGCAAAGCCAAAGUACGCCAAAUUGCCAUCGUGCAUUGCUUUUCGUUGUGGUGCUUUCUGGUGUCGUGCUACCGUGUAGCAGAACCAAGAAGCCGAUCCCUUGGUUGCUUUUCACAAGAAUAAUUGUAAUCUUACAACUUAUAUACGCAUAAUAUUCUAAACACCUGCCGCCGCCGCCGCCGCGCUGAUGCAUGAUUAUUUUCGAGUGUGAAUGCAACAGUUAUUUUCUCUCGUCACUCAAACUGAACUUUUCUAUGGUGAUUACAUUGCGAAACGGCAGUUUUUGAUACUUAAAGAAGUAAUAAACGCAGUGAAAAGUAAACGUUUAAAAGCAGGUUAAGAUGAUGUAAUUUUACAACUCAAAACAGGCACAUGUAAACUGUCAACUUUGUAUUGGUCUAAAAUGAAUACUGAUAAUGAUAAUAAUUGUAAACUGAACACGAGAUGAAACAAAACAAAACAAAAAAUUCAAUCUGCGCUUAUUUUUUAUGAAAAACGGCAAGGGAAAUCGCUUAACGUGUAUUUAUGAGUUACGGAAAGAGAAGAAAUACUAGUCACUGAAAACAAUUGCAUAAGUUUAUCCACACAGGAAGAAAAAUAGCAGAGAGUACGUGCUUUCACCAUUUUUGCUUCAUGAUAAUUGUAAUUUUAGCACCGCGCCUCAUCCUGUUUAUCUCUCUAUCUCUCUCUCUCACUCUCACUCACUCACUCACUCACCUAUCAAUCACCUUGUUUCUCUAAAUGUGCUCAUUCUUAACAUCAUUAUUACACUGAUGCUAAUUUGUCACUAUACUUGUAUUGCAGUUUUCCGUGAAAUUUGCACUCCUAUAUAUUACUUUGCCACUUUCAAGACAACGUUUUCAUUGUCCAAUGAAAACACCUUACUUAUUUAUUUUUCAAGUCACCAUUUUCGAACGACACAACAUGCGUCAUGUAUGCUCCCUUGCUCCCGCCACUCCACCUCUUUUCAGUCCACAUUCGUGCUGUUAAGUAAUUAUUAAUCAUUAAUUAAUGUGAUUUAUUAUUAAUGAGUAUUAAAUCUGUAAAAAAAAUAUGAAAUGUCUCCCAUUGUAAAAUAAAGCGAGUGUGUAAAAAUGUAAGAAGAAAAAUACUUAUGUAAAUGAGGGGAGUUCAUUUUUUGAGAUAAAAGAUAAGUUCAGUACAUGAUGAA